AUGUUUGUGUUCGAGGCCAUUGACGCUGGAGCUUUAGUGCUUGUGGAAGUGACGACAAAGACGCAGCUGCCUUUCGAUGAGUAUAUCGUGGUGGCUGGACAGGUUCAGUGUUCUCGACAGCUCACGUGUUUUGGUGGACGUGUCAAGCGUGACGGGAAGCGCCGACUCCUGGUCGUUCCAUUACCUCAAGCUCAAGAUACCGAGACCCUGAGUGUACAAGUACUGGACGUGGGAGAAGUGGCUGUGAACUUCUUACAGGGACUGAAAGCUUGUUUCCCGACACUUGUACGGAAGAAUGUCAUGGCGGACGAUAGUAGCGACUCGGAGGAGGAGGAGAAAGCUCACAAGAAGCAGAAGCAUGAGACAGAGAUUUUGAAUGAUGUAAACGCUCAGCAGUUAAAGACGAGAGCUUUGGAGUACAUGGGUCAGAUCAAAGUCAAGAUGCUCGCAACGCUAGAUGAGUUCAUCAAUGCGUUUCAAAUUGCAGACCCUUCCAGUGUGCUGGCGUCGCUGCAAAAUGAUGCAUCCAUGCCCAAGCAUUACCAGUUAAUGUCCCCACCAGAACCGUUUAACGUCGGUGUUGUGUUCUUGGAAGCGGCUACAAGCAAGGGUCAUAAGCAAUUUCUGCAUAUUCCUGUGCCUCGCUCGCCACCACUACCAGAUUCAGGAGACGAAGGAAAAGACUACGUCCAAGAAAGCUUCCAGGACGCUACAGUGCUGACGUUUGGUGCCAAACGAGAGGAGACUGCCCAUGGCGGUGGCAAGACAUCCGAAGAAAUGAUCAAAAACAUUCGGAUGCGUCAUGCUUCAGGCACGUUUUGCACCCUCGUUCUCCCAACAAAGACGUGGAAGCAAGUGGUUAAUGAACACAGGGCUUUCCUACCACAAGUGUGCGAACUUCAAGGCGAGUUGCGUCUGCGUCGCUUGAUGGGCAACGCUCCGUGUGGAGUGCCUGUCGAGCUGCUGCUUGAAUGA